AUGACCACAGUCAAAUACAAUGGAAUCAAUGCCUGCAAUAUGUCUCUAUCAUGGUUCGUCGAUCUGGCGCUUUUAGUUCAAUCGGGUUGCGCAUUCACCUUUGAGGCAGCCCCGGCGUUUUUAAAGGCCCUCGAUUCGAUGUACAACUCCGGACCCCAAACGCUUUCUCGGAUACGGUCGCGCAAAUUCGAGUCGUUUACCUGCCUGCGCGUGGGUGACGUGAUGAGAUACAAGGGGAAUUUGAGCGCUGCGGAUGAGCUCUACGCGGCUUCGAUUCGUGUUCUACCGCUGCUUGGCGACCCGUGGAACCAACGGGGACUCUUAUUGGCCAAACGGGAUGUCCUGAAAUGCCUCUACUUCCACUAUCGGGCUCUUCAUUGCCGAUUUUCGUUUAUUGGCGCAACCUCAAACAUCCAGAAGAUCUUUCAAGAACACUCGGAAACAACCGUGCUAGUCGAUUCUCCAUUUGUGGAUAGGUUCCUGCACGUACUAUCCAAGUUCUACUUCAUGACCCGGGUCCAUCAACGUUUGGUCGACAGCCUGUUGGAAGAGUGCAUUACAAUGGAGGCGAUUGUCCCGCUGCUUGGUGUACUUUCCGAAUUGGGCGUAUCCAGCGAUGAGAAGGCCAUCAUAAAUGCCAUUUAUCGGCUUGUCGAUGGGGCUGUUGCGUCGAUUGCAAGAAGGCAAAUGGAUGGCUGCUCAUCUGAAAAGGAGCUAUGGGUGUUGGCGUUAUGUUUGCGCGUCUGCAGCCCUGAAGCCCUCAAGGCAAAACCGAUAACCGACCUUGUUCAGCGACUACUCGAUAACGAAGUACCCAUAAGGGAUUCGGAGCUCACCAGAUUUUGGCUGUGCUUUGAAGACCCCUGUGAUCGACCCUUAACCGCUGGUGGAUUGGCCCGAACAUUGUGUGCGAUUAGGGACGGUGAAGUGAUUAAUCGGAAGGAGAUUAAUUCUGGCGCGAACCGGCCAUUGCCAUCAGAAGAUGAUGAGGCGGAAGCGGAAGAUCAACACGGCGAAUCGACGGUGGCGGCAGGUCGAAGAAGGGAGCGAGCAGAGUCAGAGUCCGAAAGUGCCGGCGAACACGACGAUGAAGAAGAGCCUGCAAUCGUCGAAAUGAGCCUCUCUGAUGAUGAUGACCCGGGUCUUGUUGCGAAACCUCGCCCUGGAAGCUCGAGCUCGUCCUCCGAUUUUGACUACGAUGAUCCGUGCCCGAAGAAGAAGCGAAUGGCGGCGGCUUCAUUGGCUCUAUCAUCCCCAACUACCUCUGGCGAGCUCUCCUCCUCAACCCUACCCACCCCCGAGCUGGCCAACAAAAUUUCCGCAACGCCGAUCUGCCGGCCCUCGUCGUCAGAUCUCCCCGCAAUCGUCAACUUUUUAAUAGACCACUUUGUGCCAAAUGAACCGAUUCUGGCUAGUCUUCAAGUUUCUAACCGGGAGGAGCUCUCUCGGUUACUCGACGAUCUCGUUUCGGAUUCCCUGAGUUGUCCAGGGACGGUGGUGGCCAGAGAUGAGACACGAAACGAGGUCAUCGGCGUCUGCCUGGCCAGUCGCCAUCAUCUAUUCGAUCAACAGUUGGAUCGUCUUUGCCGCUACUCCUUCACGGACAAGGGCCUGUCGAUUGCCGUCGAAUUUUUGAAAUAUGUUUUUAAUAGGGUCGACGUGGCUUAUCACCUGGAGGAGGCCGGCGUUUCAAAGCCCGUAUUCGUGGUGCUGGUCGGGGUGAAGCCCGAGUACCAAAAGGGUGGACUCGGAAAGAGGCUUCUCAAUGAGAGUCUCGACUCUGCGCGCAACUCGAGCGAUCGCUGCGAUUCGGCAUUCACCGUGUGCACGUCGGAGGGCGUGCAGCCGCUCUACCACCAACAUUUUCGCCAAGUGAUUUCGCGGGUUAAGUACAGCGACUACCGCGGCGAGUUUCGUGACCCGCCGAUCCGCCCGAAGGCUGCGAACUCUCUUCUCGUCCUUUUGGCCAAACUC